CGGUGGGAAGCGAAGCCGUUGCCGCCAACUUGACUACGGGCAAGAGCUCCGCUCCGCCGGUGCCGAGUCAGGGCAAACACCAGCAAAAGGCUGCGGACACGUCGCAUUGCCCGUCCUGGGCGCCUGGCAGGGUCGGCGUGGGAGGGGGCGGGGCACCGGCCCGGUGGGGAGUCUCUGGGGCCGUGGAAAAGAUGCCGAAGAAGAAGAAGAAAAGUUCAGAGGAGCUGAAUUCCCUGGCCCAGGAUCAGCGGGAAGAGGAGCCCAGGGAAGCGUCGAAUGUCAAGCUGAAGCGCAGCUUUGAUGAUGCAUUUAUUGUUAUAUCUGACAGUGAUGGAGAGCAAGAGUCAAAGGAGGAAAAUGAUCUGCAGAAGAAAAGAACGAAGCAGAAGCUGGAUAGAGCGAAGUUUGCAGCAAAGAGAAAAAUUGCACAGAUGACAGAAGAUGAACAAUUUGCUCUGGCUCUGAAAAUGAGUGAGCAAGAAGCCAGGCAGCUGAACUCACAGGAAGAGGAAGAGGAAGAGCUCCUGAGAAAGGCUAUUGCUGAGAGCCUCAGUAGCUGCCAGCCCCGUGAUCCUUCUGCUGCAGCUGCUCUGCCUCCUCUUGCCCAGGCACCUGAAUCUCCAGUGCCAAGUCACCCAGCUGGACCAGGGACUUCUGAGCUCCUCACAGCUCUGCCGCCUCGCUCUGAAUCUCCUUGCUGGAGGGUAGCUCCCUUCCUCACCCUGUGUUUGUGUUUACGAUGAGAAUGGGAUGGCACAGAUGUCGCCAAGAGGCCCCUUGUAGUCCUGGAGAGGUUGAGCCAGGAGAUAGUUGAAAGCUCGUUGGUCUCUAGCAUAAUUGUAUCUCCAGGGAAGAGCCCGCCUUUUGCAAGAUCAAAUGAAGGGUCUUCCUCACCAGCAGGGAGUACUUCCAGUGACACACCACCCAAUCUACAAGACCAGUUUGCCUUAAGUCCCACCUUUCCCCGAAGACCUCUGGGCGUUUGGCCGCUAGUGCCUCGGCAUCUCUUUGCAGGGGGGUGCAGCCCUUCAAGGCCUGCAGACCAGGAAAUAGAAAAGCAUUCCCAAAAUUGUUCAGAGAGGGACCCUAUUGCUGGGUGCUCAGAAGCCCUAGUAAACAUGGCUCAGAAGCAUAGCCCCCUGGAUCAACGCGGUUGUCCAGGUUCUGAGCCUGAACAGCAGAUCCAGCGGAAGGAGAAGGCAGGUCUUUUUAAUGAGUUUCUGAAAAAGGCUGAAAUGGCAGAAAAUGCCCCACCGCUUGACACAGUUCAAAUGCUAGAUGAGGAGGGCAACCAAGAAGAGGACCAAGACUCAGUACACUAUUACUGGGGCAUCCCAUUUUGCCCUAAAGGAGUCAAUCCCAAUGAAUACACCCAAGUCAUCUUGUGCCAGCUUGAAGUUUAUCAGAAAAGCCUGAAACAAGCUCAGAGGCAGCUAUUGCAGAAGAAGAAGUUUGGGGAGCCAGUCGUUCCUAAUUCAUGUUCUUUGAACCAAAAUGAACGUGGUACAGAAGAGGAGGAGGAGGAGAAGGAGGAGAAGAAGGAGACUGUUAAGGGGAUUGGAGGUCUGGAUGAACAGGAAAGAAAAGAUAUGGGUGAUAAAAAGGAACCUGAGGGUGUAGCUUGGCUUCUUUCUCCAACAAACAGAAAGCUGGACAACAAUCCACAGCAGAAAGUGGCCAGGGGAGAAAACUGUGAGCAUGGAGAUGAACCAACUAGCAGCUCCUGUCAGGCCUCACAAGUACUGUUUGCAGAAGAUGUCCUUGAAGAAGGGGAGCCCAUGCAGAUUACACAAAGCAUUUCUGCCUUGACACCCCUGGAUAGCAGGAGAAGCCCAGACAUUGUCUCUGAGAAUUGUGCUGAAGAAGAAAUCACCGUUUGUCCUGAGACCCAGCCGAGUCCAUCGCAAGCUAUUGAGCCUGAGAGCAGAGAAAUCCAUUCAUCCAGCAAAGAUGUCUCUCUGCAGGCUGAUGCCGAUGAAGAUUCUGGGCAGAGCGUGUCUGCCCCCAGCUUUCCAGCUGAUGGUGCAGUCUCAUGUCCGUUGUGUGAUCGCAGAUUCCCUGUUUUGGAAAUUGAACAACAUGCGAUGUAUUGUAAUGCCACAGGAGAAGACACAACUGAAGAUACUCCAGUGAUGACCCGGCGACAGAGGGAAGCCAAGAGCAAAGAGACAUCGCAGCCUGCAGACACUGGCAAGUAUGAGAAGUGUUACGUCUGCAAGUCGCUGGUGCCACUGAAGGAGUACCAGAGGCACGUGGACGGCUGCCUUCGACUCCAAAGGUGCUCCAAGAGUGCGAAUGGAACUCAGGGUGGCAGGAGGCUGCGGCAAGCAAAGCAGGAGGGAAGAAGUGAAGGCCGGCUCCUAAACAUGCUGGAGCAAUCCGAACACAAAGCUGCAGAUGCAAAGGUGAGGGCCACACCACCUGGAGAAGACUCAAGGUGCAGCUCGCCAGAGGUGGACAAGGAAGCUGAGGGUGACAAGGACAACUGGAGCCAUUUUUCCCAUGCCUCUUGCAGUGACUCUCCCAUUAAAUCAUUCACCUCUAUUUCAGAAGACAAAACCUGCCUGGUAGACUUUAAAAAGCAGUUGGCCACAGGCUCAGGCAGUCGGCAACAAACCAAAGCCAACUUCAGGAGAAGGAAGAAAUUCUGAAUCUGGCACAAAGAGAAAGGGAACUCAGAGUGGAAUAGGAAGCAAAGCAUUCUAUUCCACUGACUUUGCUUGGCAGGAAGAGCAUCGCCUCCCACAUAGCAUCAACUAUCUCCCUUCUGUACAUUUUGUACGAAUUGUACAAGCAUUUGUCAUGAAUUGAAUUGAUUGUGGACUUUACAGGUGCCUGUUCAACCUUGUUUUUCAAUUAUAAAAGCAAAAAUAUAUUUAUUAAGUUUUUAUAAAUUCCAGUUUGCUGACA